GAGAGACAUCUACAUUCCGAUUGGCUGGCGGUCAUUUACAGCUGAAACGCUACUAUCUCAUUUUCAUAGAGUUGCGCUGUUUUCAACUCUCAUUUACAGCUUUACAGCUUUAAAGCUAUCGCUCAAGCGUUUUAUCGCUCCUAUCGCUUUAUCGCUCAUGUCUAAUAGAAAGUGAAUGGGCGUUUAUCGCUCAAAACGCUUUACAGCUUUUGGUGUGAACGCACAGGAACUACUUCCGGGGAACACGUAAGGUGUGAUAUAAUAGUAAACAGAGGGACAAAGAGGUGAUAGUAACUAGCAGCCUGUCCAGACACCUUGUUUUUGCUAGUAAAAUCACGUCAACAGUAGCCGCAUGUUUCCUUUUGUCCAAAAGACUGACUAUUGUUUGUUGUUAAUAUUUUUAGCGAUGUUUGCUCGAGGGGGGUGUCUCUCUAGGCUCGCAAGGGACGGUUGCCGAAGAAUGGGGAAUUUCACAUCCUCAUCUGCUAGUUUGCCUGGCCCAGGAUGUUCACAAUACGUCCAGGAGGUUGUGUCACAUAACUGUAUUGUGAUAUUUUCCAAGACGACCUGCCCAUAUUGUAGGAUGGCCAAAAAUGUGUUUAAUGAAAUCGGUGCAAAUUACAAAGUGAUUGAGCUGGAUGAGCAUGAUGAUGGGAGAAGAGUUCAAGAGGCCUUAGCUCAGAUGACUGGGGCCAGAACGGUUCCAAGGGUCUUCAUCAAUGGGAACUGCAUUGGAGGUGGUUCGGAUACCCAGCAGCUCCACCAGCAGGGGAAGCUACUGCCCCUCAUCGAACAGUGUGCUCCCUGCUGUACGUCCUCUGAAGGCUUGGGCAGCGGCCAUUUUGAAGCGACUAAAUGACUAACCGUUCUUGCAGUUUUAUCCGGAACUCUAUUUAUUGAAUGUUAUUUUGAUUGUACUUUGAACAUAGUACAUUGCUUAAGUAUUACCAUGUUAUUUGUUUAUAGCAAUAUAUUGAAUACUUGAUGUUAUGUUACCAUUUUAUCCGUCAUAUCUAUGGUCGUACAGUCUUAUUAAAGCUGCCAUGUUUUAAAUAACUACGCAACGUUUUAAUUUAUAGCAUACUGAUGCUACAUGUCAUUACGCAGGAUCAUGUUUGCAAUAUUCCUACAUAUUUGACGGGAGCUAAAGUGGAGUAAUAAAUGCACCUAUACAAAAAUGUGCAAUUAAAGGAGCUCUUGUUUA